GGCGGCGUCGGGUACUCAGGAUCCAGCGAGAAUUUCUGGGGAGAGCAAUAGAGACGCGGCCUGAGCUAGAAGGGCUGGAGCGGAGGCAAAUAAGGAGAUCGGUAGUUUGGGUGGCUAGAGAGGUCGGAGGUACGUGGCUGUAGAAAUCAAGCGGACCCGGAACACAGGCGCCUCGGGACCAUGACUUAUGCUUAUCUCUUCAAGUACAUCAUCAUCGGAGACACAGGUGUGGGGAAGUCAUGUCUCCUCCUGCAGUUCACCGAUAAGCGGUUCCAGCCUGUGCACGACCUCACAAUAGGUGUGGAGUUUGGAGCCCGGAUGGUCAACAUUGAUGGGAAACAAAUCAAACUGCAAAUCUGGGAUACGGCUGGGCAAGAGUCCUUCCGUUCUAUCACCCGUUCCUACUACAGGGGAGCAGCUGGAGCACUGCUGGUGUAUGACAUCACAAGACGUGAAACCUUCAACCACCUGACCUCAUGGUUAGAGGAUGCCCGCCAGCACUCGAGCUCGAACAUGGUGAUAAUGCUGAUUGGAAAUAAGAGUGAUCUAGAAUCCCGAAGGGAUGUGAAAAGAGAGGAAGGAGAGGCCUUUGCUCGGGAGCAUGGCCUUAUAUUCAUGGAAACGUCAGCCAAGACAGCCUGCAAUGUUGAAGAGGCCUUCAUUAACACAGCCAAAGAAAUAUAUAGGAAGAUCCAGCAGGGUUUAUUUGACGUCCACAAUGAGGCAAAUGGCAUCAAGAUUGGGCCCCAACAGUCAAUUCCAGUAUCAGCGGGACCAAAUUCUUCUCCACGGAACUCUUGUGACGUAGGGUCUGAUUCUGGCUGCUGCUGAACAUCUGGCCCGAACUCUUUUUUUUUCCCCCCUCCUGGAACAGCUUCAGAUCAUUCAGCUUAAAGAAAGAUCUUUCUUGCUUUGGCUGAGAGCAGCCUCUUUUCAAUGUGUGAUGUUUCACCCUUCGCUUAAAACACCAGGAGACAGUGGGGCCCUUACUAACCUGUCCUCCGUUAGGGACAUGAGUAUUCCAUAUAGAUCACGGCUCCUUUUAUCCUCUGGUGUUAGGAUCAAAGUUGAUUGUCACAGUAGUUAAAGAAAUAAACAACUUACUAAAUACCUACAUCUGUUUGCUAGGUGUGGUGGCACAUACCUAUAAUUCUAGCACUCAGGAUUUUUGGCAGGAGGAUUGCCAGGAGCUUUGAAAUCAGUCUGGGCUACAUAAGUAUUACCAGGCUGUCCAUGGCUACAUAGUACAAUCCUGUCUCAGAAAGCCAAAAAGAAAAAAGAGAGAAAGGAAAAAAAUACAUAUGCUGUUCCUCACCUAACUUGUAGUAGCUUGGGUGAAGGAUAUUCUGAUUGAACAUUUAGGACUUAGGAUCUGGAUAACUUGGAUGACACCUCUGUACAUAAUAAUUUCACUGAGUUUCUUACCUUGCCUUGGAAACCUGCUUGUUUUUCAUAGGAGUUCCUAUAGAAGCUGGGUGCCUCUGUGCGAUUUCAUUCCGAGUUUUUUUUAUUUAUUGUAUGCCUACACAACCUUAAAUAUCAUUCCUCAGGAGCCCACCACAUUGGUUUUUAAGACAGCAUCUCUUACAGGAACAUGGCACUCCAUGGUUAGUUGAGGUUAGCUGGCCUUUCUCAUAGCUAGUUCCUGUUUCUUAACUACAGAACUUCGAGAGUAGCAGAGUUGGUACUGGACCUGUGGCCACAUCGUUUACCUAAGAAAAUGUUAAUUUUUCAUUUUGUUUAGGGAACCAGUUCUAGCAUUACAGUUUCUUUCACCAAAUUGAUCUCUACUGUCUCAUCAUUUUUUCUUUCGCCUCAUUUUUUUGUUUUGGCGUGUGUGUGUGUGUGUGUGUGUGUGUGUGUGUGUGUGUGUGUGUGUGUGUGUGUUUGGGGGUGUGUGCUAGAGAUCAAAUGCAGGUUCUUAAACAUGCUAGAUAAGUGCUGUAUCACUGAGCUAUGCCCUCAGGAGCCUUCUCUUUUACUUUUUGUUUGGAAGCAAGUUGCCUAGGCUAGUCUUGAAUUUGCAGGCCUUAAACUUGGGAUCCCGAUGCCUCAGAUUUCCAGGUAGCUGAGCAUACUCCUAACCAGAUCUAUUAGACUUUUACUCUAAUCAAGCUAAUUGGCUUACUGAAUAUGACAUAUUUAUUCCAACUUCUAUACCUUUGCACAUCCUCUACUAACAUCAUACUGACUUUUUUCCUUUAGGAAACCCUCAGUGACUGACCUAGGGAGUUCUAAGAAAUUAUUAACACAGUAUCUCUUAGCAUUCCUAUCUUGGUUAUUCAUAUGUGUAUUUGUAUGUAUUUUACUUUGUAAAUACGUUUUGUAGUUUUUUUUGGGGGGGGCGGGGAGGAGGUUCUGUCUCAUAUAGGAUGUAAGCUCUAUGAGAGCAGGGUCCAUGUCAUUCCCAAUCCAUCACACCAUUCUUUACUGUACCCUGCACAAGUCAUGAUCUUGAAUUUGAGUGACAUACUUUAAAACUUAAGGCUUUAGACUUUAGAAGAAACAAAAGGCCUUAGAAUUGUAUCUUUAUAAUUGUGUCUCAGCUUUCCCCAUCUGCUUAUCCUGGGUUCUCUAUUGCUCUUCUCUCCUGCCCCACUGUAACUUACUGCCCUCAUUCUGUGCAGCAUACAGUAUGAAUGCCUGCUACCAAGACUCAGAUAAGUAGAUACUUCUUCGCCUGCUCCUUAGAGUGGAUAGUACCAGUUUGCCUCCGCUUCCCAUGUCAUGCCACCUCCUGGGAUAGUUGCUCUUUUUUACUUGUCUCAUUUUCUUUCACAGCACUGAGGUCUUAUCAAAUUUUCUAAUUUUUAUUGUUAAUGACUGUUUUACUAUUAAAUAUAUGCAUGAUCCAA